CCUUUUUUUUUGGUUGAAGUAGUACAAAAUGUCAAAAAUUAGAAGGAAGGUCACAGUGGAAAAUACCAAGACCAUAUCCGAUAGCACAUCCAGAAGACCCAGUGUGUUUGAAAGACUUGGACCCAGCACUGGAAGUACUGCAGAGACACAGUGCCGUAACUGGCUGAAGACUGGCAACUGCCCCUAUGGGAACACAUGUAGAUUCGUACAUGGCCCUUCACCACGAGGUAAAGGCUUUAGCAGCAGUUACAGAAGGUCGCCAGAAAGGCCUACAGGGGAUCUUCGGGAAAGAAUGAAGAAUAAGCGUCAAGACAUUGAAACAGAAACACAGAAACAUAGUACAGAAGAGCAGUCUUCUCCUGCUAGGAAAGAGUCUUCCAGAGGGAGGCACAGGGGGAAGGAAGAUAUUAAAAUUACAAAAGAAAGGACACCAGAAAGUGAAGAAGAAAAUCCUGACUGGGAAGGAAAUAGAGAGGAUUCUGAUAACGGAGACGCUAACUACGAUUAUGAUCACGAGCUUUCUUUGGAAAUGAAGCGCCAGAAGAUCCAGAGAGAGUUAAUGAAGCUUGAGGAAGAAAAUAUGGAGAAAAGGGAAGAAAUCGUAAUUAAAAAGGAGAUAUCUCCAGAGGCAGUUGGAUCAAAAUUAUCAUCCUCACCUUCACCAAGAAAAUCUAGCAAAUCGCCAAAAUUAAGAGUGAGUCCCAAAUCUACCUCCUCUGCCAGUAAGAGGGAAAAGAAGACAUCAGCAGUUUCUUCACCCCUCUUGGACCAGCAGAGGAGUUCAAAAAGCAACCACAAUAAAAAGAAAGGUCCUCGAACACCUAGUCCACCGCCUCCAGUGCAAGAAGAGGCCACACAAGCAAAAAAACAUAAGGAAAAGCAUAAAGUUAAGGAACGGAUAGAAGAGAAGCCAAGGGAAAUGAAAGAGAGAGGCCGGGACUUUGAAAGACACAAUAAAGAAAAGAAGGAGAAGCAGAGGGAUCCCUCAGAAAAUUCCCACAGACAGAGACGUUCCCCUAGUCCAGAAGAACAUUCUGGUAGCAACUCCUCUCCUUCAAGAGAAUAUUCCCCUACCACAAGGAGAAGGCAGACAUCAUGGGCUCCAACAAAGUCCAGCAGCCAUAAGCGUUCUUUUUCACCUUCUUGCAGGUCUGCUUCACCACCAACUCAGCGUCAUUCUCCGGUAUCCUCAAGGCAUCACUCCUCUUCAUCUCAGUCAGGCUCUUCUAUUCAGAGACGCUCUCCCUCACCACGUCACAAAAGAACUCCUUCCCCCUCUUACAAAAGGACAGCUUCCCCACCCGUAGGCCGUUCUUCGUCCCCUUAUCCUCACAGAGCUUCCCCUCAACAAAAACAGACGUCUUCAAGACACCGUUCUCCAGUUAGAGAGAGAAGCCGACACGAUCGUGAGCGGAUUUCACAGUCACAUGAUCGGCGCCAAGAAAGGAGGGAUGAAACAAGAGGAAAAAGGGGAAGAGACAGAGAUAACCGAGAGGACCGUGACUAUGACCAAGAACAGAGUACUCCCAGAGAUCACAGAGAUGAUCGAGAGUCUCGAGAUGGACGGGAUCGAAGGGAGACCAGAGAUACUAGAGAACGCAGGGAUCAAAGAGAAUCACGAGACACCAGGGACUCAAGGGAUACACGGGACUGUAGCAGAGACAAUAAAGAAAGUCGUGACCAGAGGGAGUUGCGUUCCACACGGGACACUCAUGACUAUCGAGAGAGAGAGUGUCGAGACACUCAUAAGAAGGAAGAACAAUAUUUGGAGGAAACACGUAGCUAUGGAAGAUCCCAUGGCAGAGAAGAGAGCUCUCGCACUGAAACAAGGACAGACUCAAGAAGUGAAUCCAGAAAUGAAUCCAGAACGUCUGGAAGAAGUAGAGGGAGAACCACUGAAUUAUCAGACAAGGGUAGUCGAGCCACAAGGGGAUCUCAGGUCGACAGCCACAACACUAGCAGCAGCUACCAUGACAGCUGGGACUCAAGGAGCAGUUAUCCCGAGAGGGAUCGCUAUGAAAGUCGAGAUCAUGCAAGAGAUUCUUCCUUUGAAAGGAGACAUGGAGAAAGGGACAAGCGAGACAACAGAGAGAGGGAUCAGAGGCCAAGCUCACCAGUGCGACACCAGGGGAGAAACGAUGACCUUGAACGUGAUGAAAGGAUAGAUGAACGGAGGGUAGAUAGAAGUGAAGACAGAAGAGAUGAAAGAACUAGAGACCGGGAGAGAGAACGAGAAAGGGAGAGAGAGGCGGAACGUGAACGUGAUCGUGCCCGUGAACGAGAGAGAGAGAGGGACAAAGAUAGAGAACGAGAAAGAGAUAGGGACCAUGACAGAGACAGGGAGAGGGAGAGGGAGAGGGAGCGAGAACGGGAAAGGGAGCGUGAAAGAGAAAGAGAACGAGAGCGUGAACGAGAACGGGAAAGAGAGCGAGCACGAGAAAGAGAUAAAGAAAGAGAACGCCCAAGAGAGUGGGAGGACAAAGAAAGAGGAAGAGAAGAACGCAGGGACAAGAGAGAAGAUGUCCGGGAGGAAAGAACCACGAGAGACAGCCGUGAAGAGAGGAAAUCAAAGAAACGGCACAGAAAUGAAAGUAGCCCCAGUCCACAUAAGUCACCUAAGCGUCGCCGGGAGCUUUCUCCUGACAGUGAUGCCUACAACAGUGGAGAUGAUCAAAAUGAGAAGCGGAGGUUACUAAGUCAGGUUGUCCGACCUCAAGAAUCACGAUCACUGAGCCCUGCGCAUCUUUCGGAAGAUAAGCAGAGUCGAUGGAAAGACAGUGACCGAAAACCAGAGAGAAAGGACAGCUCUAGGCAUUAUGAAGAAAGUGACUUCAAAGAGCGAGGGACUUCAGGGGACAAACCACGAGAGCCGCGGGAGCUCAAUGAAAGUUCAAGGGCCAGGGCCCAGGAGACUGUAAGUAAUCGGGUUUCAGAAGACCGUGAGGCUGCCGAUCAUGUACAUGAAGACAAGAAAAAAACUAAAGUGCAGAAGAAGGCCACCAAGAAAAAGAAGGAAGAGGAUGUUGUACUAGAGCGCUAUGUCACUGAGUCGACUAUAGAGAAAACCCAAGUUUUUUCUCCCAAAAAAGGUCAGAAAAAGAAAAACACAGAGAAGAAAAGGAAGAGAUCCAAAGGAGAUUCUGAGGCUUCUGAAGAAGACAGUGGAGUGCACCAGAAAAAGAAGAAAGGCCCAAGGACACCCCCAGUAACUGCAAGAGAGGAGUUGGUAGAAGUUGUACCUGAGAAGUCAGUGGUAGUAGAAGUUGCCCCCAAAAGAGAAGAUACGACUUUUAGUGACUGGUCAGAUGAAGAUGUUCCGGAGCGUGGAGAACCUCCUGUGGAAAGAAGUUCUGAGGAAUCCCAUAGAACUAGUCAUCGCACAAGGGCUGAAACUGUGGAAACUUUACAUGUUGUAGAAGAUACUCCCCACAUCAAGCCUGCUGAACAGAAACGUAGCAGCAGUCUUUGCAGCAAUCGAAGCCAUACUUCCAGUAGACUCCGAUCACCCUCCAAUGACUCUGCCCACCGCAGUGGAGAUGACCAGAUGGGUUUGAAGAAGAUCUUGCAUAGCAGCUCCAGUGACAGAGAGAGAAGGUGUCUAGAAAUGUCUGGGGAGCGGAAAUCAAGAAUUGAUCAGCUAAAACGAGGUGUUCCUAGUCGCAGCACCUCUUCAGAUCGACAAGAUUCAAGAAGUCACAGUUCGAGGCGAAGUUCUCCUGAAUCAGAUCGCCAAGGUCACUCCAGAUCUGGAUCCUUUGACAGCAGGGAACGAGGGCUGGACAGAGACAGACAUGAACAUGAUCGUGAACGGGACCGAGAAAGGCGAGACGGGAGGCCAAGAGAUUGGGAGCGAGAUACAGCUAAAGAUUGGUUGAGGAGCAGAGAGCGGGACAGAAUUCGAGAAUGGGACAGGCAGAGGGAAAAACGGAGAGAUAUGGACCGUGAAAAAGAGCGGCUGCUUCCUGAGAACCCUGAAAGAGACAGGGGCCUCAGUAUUUCCUCUCAGACGGAGUUACCCAAGCACAGUGAACCAAAGCCAAGCAAAGAGCAUCCAGACUUUGAGGCCAUCUGCCUGGACUCAACCUCCCUAGAGAAAGAAAGAGUGGAAAAAGAUUUGGGACUCUUGCAAGGCUUUGAAGAUGGAAUUGAAGCUGAAAAAGCUGAAAACACAGAAGUAGGUGGAGAUGAUGAAGCCAAAAUAGAUGACAUACAGUCCAUGGGAUCUGGUGCUGGAGAAUAUGAGCCAAUCAGUGAUGAUGAACUGGAUGAAAUUUUGGCAGGCGAUGCUGAAAAGCGGGAGGAUCAGCAGGAUGAGGAGAAGAUGCCAGAUCCCGUGGAUGUAAUUGAUGUGGACUGGUCUAGCCUUAUGCCCAAGCAGCCCAAGGAGCCCCGAGAGCCUGGAGCUGCUCUUUUAAAAUUUACUCCAGGUGCUGUUAUGUUGAGAGUUGGCAUUUCCAAGCAGCUGGCUGGCCCUCCACUUUUCAGCAAAAUCAAAGAAACAUGCCAGAGAACUUUGGAGAAACCUAAAGAUGCAGAGAAACUUUUUGAACAUGAAUUUGGAGCCCUGAAUAUGGCUGCCCUACUGCGAAAAGAAGAGCGAGCUGGACUGUUGUGCAAUCUUGGACCUUGUUGCAAAGCGCUGUGCUUUAGAAGAGAUUCUGCAAUUCGUAAACAGCUGGUGAAAAAUGAAAAGGGUACAACAAAGCAAACUUACACAAAUCCUCCAGUGGUGGACAAUGAAUUACUGCGGUUAAGUCUACGAUUGUUUAAACGCAAGACUAUGCACCAGAGUUCUGGACAAGAAAAGACAGAGGAUUCGAAACUUUCACAACCAUAUACUCCAGAAAUAUGCAUGUCCUGAGCCAAUGUCUCUUGAGCCACACCCUUUGGUUUUUUCACUGUUCAACAAUAUUCAUGUUUCUAUCUUGGUUCCUUUUUAAAAAUAGGACAGUCCUGGCCAAUUAAAAAUACUGUUUUGUUUUGUUUUUUUGCAUUAGGCUGGUUUGGAUGUAAUGUUAAUCCAUUUUUUUCCACAGCAGUGUUUUGUCACAAAUGAUCAAACAUGACAACACAUGUUACUCAAUCCCUUGAGCUUGGCACCUCCUCCUAACAAGAACAGAUUAACAAAGAGCCAGAAAACAUCCAUGGUUUAUUUGUUUCAUACCUAAACUGGAUCCAUGCCUUUUUGGUCUCCUAAGAGAGUAGGGUCAUAAGCUUCCAUUUGCUCUUGAGUUACAAUUCUGGUUUAUUUGGAGACCAAAUACCUAGGGAACCUGAAUUAAUUGAAACAUUAGGCAAACCAUGAACAUGACUUCCUAAUGUAUUUAGCUGCUUCCAUUGGAAGGAGGAGCCAAGCAGAAGUUAAUGGGACGCAUAGUAGCAUACGUGUUUGCUCCUGCUAAACCAGGGCCUUGACAAAUUCUGGGUUAUCAUUGCAUCUGAACUAGCCCCAAACCACUCUGUGGAUUAUGAAACAAGUUAUCAAGGAAAGUAUUGUGUACCAAAAUCGGAAGAGUGCUCUAUCCAUUUGUCUGCAUGUUUUAUAACUGAGUUCUAACCAUGGUUCUUAUUUAAUAACUUGCUUGUAUUUAAGAGUAUGAAAAUGUCCAUUUUUGAAGAUCUGUUUUAUCACCUAUUAAAUUUUUAAGAAGACACAA